AUGCCUCCUCCAGCGACACCCCCCCCCCCCUUCCAGCUCGACCUUGGCACCGGUCUCUCCUUAGCACUAGCAUUCUCCUUCAUGCCAGCAGCUCAGCUCCUAGCCAGCCGCCUUCUUCCCAGAACCGUUUCGAAAAAGUACUAUUGGAUCUUCACCUGGUGUGUUUACGACUUCCUCACCCACAGCAUAAUCGAGGGUUCCUAUCUAUAUCACUGUUUUGUGUCCUACGAGACCAUUUCGAACCACUCCGACCACCCAUCAUCAUCUCUUCUCGCCAAAGGCCCUUCCUUUCUCGGCUAUACAGAUCGCAACUAUGGCUCCUACUACUCCCAAGGCCCGAUGGCUCGACUGUGGCGAGAAUACGCAAAGGCCGAUAGUCGUUGGGGCGGCUCGGACCUGAACGUGAUCUCCCUAGAAUUGCUCACAGUACUUCUAGCAGGACCUGCCGCUGCCUACAUAUGCUACCUCAUCGCGAGAAUCACAAACUCAAGCAACGUGACUGAAAAAGCACGUCUUGAUGCAAGGAUGUGGUUUAUUGCGGUGGUGCUCUCGACAGGCGAACUGUACGGAGGCUUUAUGACAUUUGCGCCUGAAUGGCUUUCUGGAAAUACUGCUCUGGCUGGAGAUGAUCCGAUCUAUUUGUGGUUGUACCUGGUUUUCUUCAAUGGGAUAUGGGUGUUUGUUCCAGCUUGGAUUCUGUAUCUGGGAUACUAUGAGCUGACUGGUGCUUUUGUGAAUGGGGUGAGCUCGCAACAUCUCAGGAAAGUGUCUUGA